AACAACGUAGGAGUAUAGAUUGCCAAUGCAAGCGCGGCUCCGACUCAGUCCUCCAGCAAACUCCGUUGAGGACUUGUUGAUCCUGAGAGGAAGCUGAUUCUUCCAGAUCCAUCUGCCUAGAAACAUCAAUUAAGUUUAGCUACAGGGAAAAGUCUGAGUUCAGAUAGCGGCAUGAGACAAAAAAUGUACACGUGUGUUGCACUGGUAAUUGCUCUAACGAGCACGAUGCACCUUGGUGUCGAGGCAUGGGGUGGUCUCUUUAAUCGUUUCAGCCCAGAGAUGUUAUCAAAUCUUGGCUAUGGUAGUCACGGUGAUCACAUGAGCAAAACAGGAUUGUAUCAGCGUCCGUUGGCUAGUAGCUAUGGAUAUUCUUACGACUCUUUAGAAGAGGUUGUACCAUGCUAUGAAAGAAGGUGUACGGCUAACGAACACUGUUGUUCGUCUUUCAUUUGCGUAAACGUUGAUGGAGAUGUUGGCCAUUGCGUUUUCGAAUUGGGACAGAAGCAGGGUGAACUUUGUAGAAACGAUAACGACUGUGAAACUGGUUUGAUGUGCGCCGAAGUUGCCGGCAGCGAGACUCGUUCGUGUCAGCCGCCAGUGACUUCGAAUAAAUUGUACAAUGAAGAGUGUAAUGUGUCUGGGGAAUGCGACAUCAGCCGCGGUUUGUGCUGUCAACUUCAAAGACGUCAUCGACAAACGCCGAGAAAGGUCUGUUCGUAUUUCAAAGAUCCUCUAGUAUGCAUCGGACCAGUUGCAAUGGACCAAAUAAAAUCUGUCGUCCAGUACACUUCUGGUGAGAAACGGAUAACUGGACAAGGAAAUCGAAUCUUUAAACGAGUUGCCUUCGCCUAAGAGCUUCGUUGUUCCUCGUGUACUGGUGAGAAUGGAAGAAAUGUCACGAAUCAAAUCCCUCUUUUCAUUACGUUGAGAAACUUAGGAUAAUAAUAUAUGUAUUACUUCAAAAUUCCCUAAAUUGUUUUGAUGUUCGUAAUUCUCGCCUGUCAGGAUAACGAAGAGCAGGGAGAUUAUUAAACGCACUUUUCAAUUCUUUUCCUCCAAAUAUUACGACUGAUAAAUACGAUACAUAUCAGAAUAGUCCGUCUUAUAUAAUUAUAAGAUAUACUAUAUAUAUUAAUGAGAAACAUUAUGCAGCGUGUCUUUAAAGAUUGAUACUAAUUUCUGAUGAAUGAUGCGUAGGGUGUGUGAUAGAAGAGAAAAAGUUUCCUUCUUUCUGACAAUUUGCUAGUCUUAUUUUCUUGCUUAUUCUUUCCUUUUCUUUCUUUUUUUUUUUUUUAUUUUAUCAAACAUAUUAGAGAUAGAAAUUUUGUAAAAUGUAUAGAAAUUGAAUAGUUGGAAUCUAAAUAACGGUACUGAUGAAAGUGUUAGAAAACUUGAACUUCACAACGUGUAUAGUAACCGUGAUAUGUAACUGGCAAAAUUUUGUUUGAAAUUUUUUAAAAGUAGAAAUUCUUUCUACCUAUUUUAACCUGUACACGACAAAAGCUAUUUUCACUUUUCAGUGAUUAACAAAGACAAGAGGUCUUCGAAUCAAGUUUCCUAAAUUUACUCUUAAGAUACUCAAACGCACACACAGAAUAAAAUAUAUUUUAAUUCUCCUGGUUCUCAAGACAGAGAUCAGACACCCUUGAUAUAUCAGUGAUAAAGGAAUAUUUUUCAUGAGAACGAGUUGAAACGAGGAAGAGUUAUCGAAACGGUAUUAAAAUAUAAAAUAAAUGUGGUAGAUCUAAUGGUGAAUCAUACGGAUAGAAAUUUUCAAAGGUCUUCGUCGGUGUUUAACAAAUGUAACUUAUGCAUUAUCGUUAAGUCAUAUGAUAAAGUUUGAAAGUAAAGCAUUCUAACUGACGUGAAUCUAA